AUGUUUGCCAACUCAACUCCUGUCACGUCUGUCAAUGGAUGGAUUGUCAUUCAGCAAAGGAUUGAUGGCUCGCAGAGUUUCAACCAAACUUGGAGCACGUACAAGUCCGGAUUUGGAAUCUACUACAGAAACUUCUGGUUGGGCUUGGAGAAGAUGCACCAGUUAACGGCAUCGGCUGAUUACAGGUUGAGGUUUGAAGUUCUCAUCGGUGGUAAAUGGUACUCCGAUGAAUAUGAUCAUUUCAAGAUAAAUUCAAAGCUUGAAAUGUAUUCCAUCAAUGUUUCCGGAUACUGUGGAGAUAAGGCAGAUGUUUUGAACUAUCCAAAUUCCAAUUAUGUCCAUAAUGGGAUGAAGUUCUCAACUCCUGACCAGGACAACGAUAGAACGGCCUCUAAUUGUGCUUCAACGCAUUCAUCAGGGAAUUGGUUCAAUGCCUGUAGUUGUCAAAAUGUGAAUGGCCCGUAUGGUUCAAGUAAGUUCUUUUAUGUAGGUUACCCCACCUACAGCCGGAUGAUGAUGAAGCGUAACGUGUGA